AGCGCCUGAGGUUCAUUUUUACCACGUAUUUCGAUAGUUUAUUUUAAUUAUCUAAAUUAACUAGCUUUUUUAAAUGUUUCGCGGUCAUAAUGUCACCGUCGAUGGACCCAAUGGCAAGAGCUAACGCUAAGCUAAUACUAGCGGACGUUAGCUAGUAACGGUCAACUAUCUGACCGUGAAGUCAGGAUAUUUGGGAGACUUAACAUACAAAAAGAACCGGAUUUAAUGAACGCAAUGAUAAAGCGUUUGCCUCAAGAGGUCCAGGGGAAACUUCGCUCCGGUGUCGCUAUCCCAUCACUUCAGCAGUGCUUAGAGGAGCUGAUCUUAAACAGCAUCGAUGCCGAGGCGACCUGUGUGGGAGUCAGGAUGGACAUGGAGGCGUUCAAAGUUCAGGUGAUCGACAACGGCGCUGGGAUGAACUCUGAGGACAUGGGGUGCGUGGGAAACAGAUACUACACAAGCAAAUGCAGCUCUGUUGAAGACCUGGACAACCUCCGGUGGUAUGGUUUCAGAGGAGAAGCCCUGGCAAGUAUAGUUUCUCUAGCCACACUAGUUGAAAUCUCAUCUCGGACGAGAACAUCUGUGAAAACACAUGUUAAAAUCUUCAAGGAUGGCAAGGACAUGGAUGUAUUUGAAGCAGAGACUGCGCGACCCUCUGCGGGCACAUCUGUUGUCAUCUGUAACUUCCUCCACAACAUGCCUGUCCGGAGGAAGAGGAUGGAUGCUGUCCUGGAGGGAGAGAGGAUCAGACACAGAGUGGAGGCUAUUUCUCUGAUGCAUCCCUCUGUGUCUUUCACCCUGAAGAAUGACUGCACAGGAGCCAUGAUGGUGCAGCUCCCUAAAGCUAGAAACACAUACCACAGGUUUGUUCAGAUUCACAGCCUCGGGCGUGCACAGAAACUUGGAGAAAUCAGCUUCACACGUGGACAGUUUGAAGUGAUCGGUUACAUUGGCAGAGAAGGCCACUACAACAACAGCUUACAGUUCCUGUAUGUAAAUGACAGACUGCUGCUGAAAACACGCAUACACAAGCUCCUGAACUUUCUCCUACGCAGACUGAGCAGUACACUUCAAAAAAAUGACAGUCCAGAUGGGCAGUCUGCCAUCAGGAGUCCAAAGCACAAACGAAGCCAAGAGCUGCAUGGAGUGUACAUCAUCAAUAUUAAAUGCUCUUACACAGAGUAUGACAUAUGUCUCGAGCCUGCCAAAACUCUAAUAGAGUUCAAAGAUUGGGAUGGUGUUUUGCUAUGUAUAGAAGAGGCAGUGAAAGCUUUCCUGAGCAGGGAGAACUUGGUUUCUGUGCUUUCUCAAGAUGACUUGGACUAUGUACAUCCCGAAUUGUUUGGCACACACAAUACAGACCAAGAAGGGCACAACAUUGGUGACAGUGGCCAGGCCACUGGCAGUGCUUCCACACUAGAUUGCAGUAUUGGAAUGAAACUGGCAUCUCAUCCUGUUCAUCGUAAGCGCAAAGAUGACUGCUUGUGUGAGGACAGCGUUAGCCAGGAGACUGGUCAGAUGGAGUGCAAAGAAGAGACAAAACAACAAAUGAAGACAGACAUAAAUGUGCAUGAGCUAGAAAAGAUAAAAAGUGGAGAAAGCAUUAAUGAAGACUAUAGAUAUGAGCCUACAUCUGAUAAUUAUGUUACUGAAGAAGAGGAGCCAACAUACAGUGAAGCAGGGGAGGGCCCUCAAACUUUACACAUGUCAAGUUCAGUCAGACAAUUACAAAGUGACAAACUCUCAAAAGAAGAAGAGAUACCAAUAAACAGUGCUACCUCAACCAGCAGCGUGACUCUACUAGAUGGCAUAACUAAAGAAAUUCACCCUGAUUUUAACAGUAUUGAGCGAAUAUUACCUGACUGCCAGAGUACAGCAGGACCUGAACAUACUUUAGUAGGUAACAGAAAGAUCAGUGUGUCCGAUCCAUUUAUUCAUGAAAAUCUGCUAAGUCAGGACCAGUCACUAACCAACAAGUCAGUAUCUCAGCAGCAGAUUUUAGUACAGAAAUGUGAAGAAAGAUUGUUUGCAUCAAAACGCAAAAUCUCACUGGAUGCGGUGCAGGACAGACUUUGUCAGAAACCACGCAAAGACCCCACUGCUAUUAUUCCCUUUAAGAUUCCCAGAAUUGCAACUUGUCAAAAGUUGUCUUUAUGUAAGGAGCCUGGAUCUCUUGAGAAGUUUAGAAGAGUGUAUGGUAAAUCUGAUGAAUUUAAAUUACAACCUCAAGAGAAUAAAACUAGACCUCCUCAGACAGAUAGCUUUGUUUUCAAUUCCCAGAAUUUGUUUGUUUGCCAGAAAGAUCAGCAAAAUUGUGGAGUUACAGAAGUAGUAAAAGAAGAAACAAGGAGCAGCCUCCGAAGCCCACCGACCCUCUCAGCUCUCGCCAAGACAAAACCAAUCUCAGGGCAUAAUAAAGGCAAAACAUCUUUGGCAGCUAAACUCUGCCAUUUGAAACAACACAGGACAGACAAUUUAAAAGUGUUACCACACCUGUUUGGGACUACCUCACAGGACAAAAGCUGUCUCAGCAGUGCUACUGAUGUCACCCAGGACAGCACUAACAAUGAGAAUCACUGUGACACUGCACUGAAUCCUGAGCCGGUCCCAGGCUGCAGUGCAAAUCCUCAGCCGGCUGAGACGGAAGAGGAUACAGCAUCAGAUGACUGGCUUCAUCACUACGAUACAUCUGUGGGAAAGACGGUUUACGUCAACAAAGUGACUGGGCUCAGCCGAUAUGAAGACCCACCUACUGAAAAAGCACAAGUGCGCUGUACAUCUGAUGUCACCAAUAUGGCAGUUAGUGUCAUCUCUGAAAUGGAUGCUGAUGCUGAGAGCUCCAACUCACUUUCAUCACUGUACUCAAAAUGGAAUAAUCCAGUGUUUGUUCGACCUCCUGCGGUUGCUGUGGACAUAUCAAGCGGGCAAGCCGAUGGACUUGCUGUCAAGAUCCACAACAUCCUGUUUCCCUACCGUUUCUCCAAGGCCAUGAUUCACACAAUGAAGGUUAUUCAUCAAGUGGAUAAGAAGUUUCUUGCAUGUCUUAUCAAUACAAGAGAUGAAGAGCCAGCAGCACUGACUGAAACUGAAGGAAACCUUCUGGUGCUGGUAGAUCAACACGCUGCACACGAGAGAGUUCGACUUGAAAAUCUGGUAGCAGAUUCUUAUGAGGACGACCCAGAUGCACCAGGGGAGAGACGUCUGUGCUCAUCGACCAUUUUGCCACCGCUUGAGAUCACUGUUACAGAAGAAGAGCUAAGGCUGCUCAGGUCUUGUCAGGCACAUUUGCGGAGUCUGGGCCUGGAAGUGAAGUUCUCAGCCGAUCCACAUGUUUUUAUAGGGAAGGUCCCACUGUGCUUCACGGAAAAGGAAAGUAAUGAGCUCAGGCGGGGGAGACAAUCUAUUAUCAAGCCUAUUGUUGAGGAGUAUCUACGAGAGCAGAUUGAGUUUCUCCGUUCAACUGGCAGAGUGAGAGGAACUCUGCCUCUCACUGUGCUGAAGGUGCUCGCCUCCCUAGCAUGCCAUGGUGCCAUCAAAUUCAAUGACACCCUGAGCAAAGAAGAAUGCCACAGCUUGGUGGCGUCCUUGUCCUCCUGCCAGCUGCCCUUCCAGUGUGCCCAUGGCCGUCCAUCUAUCGCUCCCUUAGUAGACACCCUCCAUUUGGACACGGACGAGAAGGAGAUACAGAAACCCAACCUCCAAAAGCUGAGAAGGAUGUAUAAAGCGUGGGAACUAUAUGGAAAUAGAUAAGUGGGUGUGAACUUUAUUUUAAAUGUGGCUCAGAUUGUCAAAUUCUCCUUAAAGCCCUUUAGCUGCACAUGGUAUUUUAUACUAAAGCACCUGUAAAUUCAUAGGAAAACUUUGUUAUUUAUAUAAAAAAGACAUGUCAAAAAUGAAUUCAGUUUGUAAGUACAGAAGAAAUACUAAAAUACAGGCGGAGUUCUUAGAAUAAAUGAACUAACACCAGAUUGAUUUCCCACUGAAUGCACCAUAAAAAACAUUUGGAAAAAUAAAUGAAAACAGAUUUGAAAAUGAACCCUUCAAAUAGACAUUGAUAAAAUGUGAAUUAUCAGAAACACAGCAAAAGGCACAUUGUAACAACCAAACUAGUGUCCCAAAACUUGGAGUCCCUC